AUGAAAUCUUUUAUCCUCCUCCAUCUUCUCUUUUUUGCUUGUCUCGGUAUGGUGUUUUUCCAGAGCCUCCUCUUCGUUGUAGAAGGCAAGGGAAACAACGCCGACAAUCUACUCGUGGGUAUUAAAAUGCUCAGGAGAAUCAAGACCACGGAAUUCCAGUGGUGGUUCCUCACUAUCCACGGCUACCCGUUGAUAAAUUGCCAAGCAAAGGUCGCCCCACCUCCUGACCACGAAGCAUUUUCUUGCACCUUCUCGGACGGUAAUGAAUUCGGCAUAGAAGUGCACCAUUGUGGCGGUAGGAAGAGCGAGACUACCAACAUCAGAGUCACGGACGACGACAUGUACAAAGCAGCCUAUGAAGUGAGCAUGGAACACGAUUUACGCGAGGAAGACGGCUAA